GCUGAGCUAAUAGACACAGACUGAGUUCAGAAGAUCAUCUGUGAACAGCAGGGCAGCAGCACAAAAGUUUUGCACAAAAUCUGCAAGCCAAUACUAAAAAUGAGUCGGGUAAAAAAGAUAGUUAGGAGGAUGAAGGUGAAAAAUGAACUGGCACGGCAGAUUAUGGGAGAGAUCUUAGGCACUUUUGUACUUCUGCUGUUUGGUUGUGCUGCAGCAGCUCAGGUGAAAACCAGCAGAGAAACUAAGGGCCAGUUUCUGUCUGUUAACAUGGCCUUCUCUGUAGGCGUCAUGUCUGCCAUGUACCUCUGCAGGGCGGUAUCAGGAGCUCAUCUAAACCCAGCUGUGUCUCUGAGUUUCUGUGUGCUGGGAGACCUAGCCUGGAUAAAGCUGCUACCAUAUUCUCUCGCUCAAAUAUUAGGGGCUUACCUGGCCUCUGGGCUUGUCUAUCUCAUCUACCAUGAUGCGAUUAUGGAGUACAGUGGUGGAAUUCUGACCGUAUUUGGUCCUAAUGAAACCGCCAGUAUCUUUGCCACUUACCCAACAGAUGUGGUAUCAGUGCAGACCAACUUCCUUGAUCAGGUGGUUGGCACAGCCAUGCUGAUGUUGUGCAUUCUACCUCUGAAUGAUAAGAGAAAUGCUCCAGCUCCUGAAGCGUUGCUCCCACCCAUUGUAGCAACUGUUGUCCUAGGGAUUUCCAUGUCAAUGUCAGCUAACUGUGGAGCAGCUAUUAACCCUGCCCGUGAUUUUGGUCCACGACUCUUCACGUUCACAGCAGGAUGGGGCCCAGAAGUCUUUACGUGCUAUGACUACUUCUUCUGGAUUCCAUUAGUGGCUCCUAUGGUGGGGGGUGUGGUGGGGUCCAUCAUUUAUUUGGUCUUCAUUCAGUGGCAUCUGCCUGAGCCUGAGGAUGAAUCUGAGGAGUCUGAGGAGAUUAAAGAGCAAACAAAGGUCAUAGAGCACAACAACAAAAAAGACGAGCUAUACCUUAAAAUGUCUUCUCUUUAAAAGAAUCUGCCUCAGAGCAUUUCUGUUUCCCCUCUUCUCCCUAUUAUUUCCGGACUGUUUUAUACUGUAAAUAAAAAUGUGGAAAUGACACCUCAUAAAAACUGAGGGAAAAUGUACUCAAGGUGGACUCUAAAAUCUUUCACAGCAGAGAUGAAGCCUUGAUACACCACUUAUUAUUUAUUAUUUCCAACUCCCCAACCCCCUUUUCUCCUGAAAUAUUAAACUGGGACUAAUUAGAAAAUGACUAUCACCUUCACUGUUCACAAUUUCAAACAGUAGACGUGAAUUAAAAGAUUUGUAUAUAGUAUGUACAGUAUAUUAGUUAUUCUAGAUGUACCUCUUGUUGGAAGAUAGAUUUGUUUGUUGUCUAGUGCUCUCUCACAUGUAAGUGAUGCAAUAUACUGCAUGUAAAUGUUGUGUCUAUUACAUCACAGGAAUACAUUGGGAUGAUUGUGUGCAUAUUUACUGAUGUCAUGUGGUGUAUUAACAAGUUCACAAACAAAAAGUAAAAAAGUGAGUGGA